GACCUUUACAUCCGGAAAGUUUACGAAAAUUUUUAUAUGUAGAGUUGCAUGCAGUAUUGUUUAUGCUCUAUCGUAAUAUUAUCUAUUAUCUUUAAGAACAUGCCCGACUUGAUAUACCAUUCUGAUUCUACAGAAAGAUUCAUUCCAUACGAAAACUGCAAUUACCUACUGAGGCACGUGAGAUCGAUGAUUCAGGGAAAUGAAGAAAAGUCAAUAAAAAUGUGAACAGAAGACACAAGAUAAAGCAAGCUAGAACAAUGCAGGUUCAUAAGCAGCUAACUGAUUGAUUGAUUUGGUGAACGAAAAAAAAAUCCCUUUUAACCAAUAAAUUUAGAAGCGCUAGAACUGCAACCAGACCAUCACCACUUGGAGCAUGUAUUAUAUUUUGCUCUUCCGAACGAUACAAUAAUUAAUAGAAUCCGUUUCUUAUGAUAAUUCAGUGAGAAACGGUAAACAGAGACUUCAGAUACGUUUUGAAGUAAAAACAGACGCAAAGAUGACGGUUCAAAAGGAUCUUGAGAAAAAGAUUCAGAGUUUCACCAUCAAUAUUUACAAAGGAUUCAAGGUGGAAAUAAAUAAGAUAUUUAUACCUGUGAAAAUUGCUUUAUUCUGCUGGUUUGCAGGUGCAUAUACAAUGACAGUUUUCACGCCUGUCCACCUGAAAAGCAAAGGCUUCACAAUUGCUCACUUGUCCGUAUUCACAGCUACAAGUGUUCUGCUACAAUGUUUAAGUAAUGUUGUGUCGGGAAUUAUUGUAGACAAAACAGGUCGUUCAAAACCCGUUCUUUUGACAUAUCUUGUCAUGUUUAUCGCCAUUUCCUUAGCUUUUACACAAAUGCCCAGUGUAAAGGAGUGCAAGUCAAGUAAAAUUCGGUUCCAGUGCCAUAAAGAUGACAAUGAAUCUAGGUUGACUGUUGAAGCACCGUGUACACUCCUGACCGAUAACUAUGGAGAUAUUUCAUGUCUUAUAGAUAACAUAACAAAUUUAAACACGAGCAGUUAUAACGAAGAGUGCAAAUCGUUAAAUCAUAUUUCAUCCACACUGAAUAUCGGAUUGGAAAAGAAACAACCAGCAAAUGAUUCAGAUGUCUGUAAUUACGAUGCAAAUUCACAAAAUCAAACUAUCAAUACUUCUGAAUUAUGUAAAGGAGAAAAUUGCAAAUCAUUCGAAAUGAAUUGCACCAGUAAAGAGUUUAUGAAUUGCAAUUCUAGGAGAGAAUUUUGGAUUAUUAUUUAUGGUAUCAUGAUAAAUUUCCUCUACUUCACUCACACUACCAUAUACAGACUUUUUGAUGUCAUAGUCACAAGCUUAACAUAUGAGUACAAUGCUGAUUUCGGCAGACAGAGGGUCUUUUCAAUUUUAGGAUCUUUAAGUGGCCCACCUUUGACGGGAUUGAUCCUGCAUAAAAGUGGCUUUACCGCAGAUUUCAAGUACUCGUUGGCCUUUGUGAUGUCCAGUGCUUUUACGCUUUUGUCAGCACUUGCACUAAGUAUGGUCAGCGUCAAAGCACACGUCCCUGCCACAAAAAUGUGGAAGCAGUCCUUGGAACUUGUUAAAAAGCUUGAUGUGUUUCUGUUUCUGCUUUUGGUUAUUGUAAUGGGAUCUACAUUUGGAUUUCAGUCAACGUAUUCCAGCUGGUACCUACAAGAUUUAGGGGCUUCAGAUCUUCUGCUAGGUAUCAAUAGAGGUGCAGCUGCGUUGUAUGGACUCCCUUUCCUCUAUUCAUCAAAGUGGUUCAUAAACAAGUUUGGAGAGCGCAACUUGUUCGUUUUAGGACUCCUUGGACAUGCGAUUUAUAACUUCUCGUUUGCAUUGUUAAAGGAACCGUGGUUUGCUUUAGCCGUCCAAUUAACUGUCAUUCUCACCUACCACCUGUUUUGGGUUGCAGUGAUGCAUAACAUUGAGAAGAUUGCCCCGGAAUGUUUGCAAGCGACAGUGAAAAUCUUGGCAGGAACUCUUCACUUCAGCAUUGGCAAAGUUAUUACAACAAUGGUUGGUGGCAUCGUGAUGAGUGCCCUGGGAGGACGAACAGCGUAUACGGUGAUGGGAAGUGUGGUGUCAGUUUAUGGCAUUAUAUAUGGAAUUUAUGUUCUCGUUCUACAUCUCAGACGGAGUCGAAAGUUUACACCAGGAGCCGAAGAACCCAAAGAAGAUGUCCACUGAAGAAAAAUCAACGAUGUUUCUAUUUAAAAAAUGGAAAUUAGAUUUGUCAAUACAAGCUAAAGAUACAAAUUGACUGAGGCAAAUAUAAAAUUAAAAGUUCAAUUUCCUUCAAUUUUUUUUUAAUAUUUUGAACUCAAAUCACUUUUGUUGUUACAACUUUGAAAGAUUCUGAUUUUUAUUUAAAAUUUUCAGUUGCUACAACUUAUAAAUUUUGAUUUUUGUGGAAAUUUGUACCAUUGAGUAAAUAUUCUAUAGUGAUCAAAACGGGUGAAAAUUGAGAGGGAAUAUUCAAUCAAAUAUAAGAUGAGGGAAAAAUAAUUUUCUACCGAAAGAAAUUAAGUUGUACUUUGCUUGUUGUCCUAGCUGCUAUCGAGUUUUAUAAUUCUAAAGGAUCCUACCCCACUAUCAAAUUAUUGAAACUGGUGAACAAAGCCUCUUUUAAGUAAUUCGAUUUCUGAGAAUACAGAGGGUACUCAAAAGUGUUUCAGCAAUUCUCAGGGUAAUCAAGCUUAGACAAAUAAUUGAAUUUUAUACAGAAACGUAAGCUAUAUGAUGUUACAUAAAACACGGCUGUUUCAGUAGAAAAUAUUAAUUGAAGGAAGGUUUUAAAAGGACUUCAUUUUACAGCGAAUAUCAGCUAUUACAUAAAUCUUUAUAAUUAUCCUGCAAGAAUAUUCUAGGCUCUUCCGCCGAACUUUGCUGGUAGUAAAAAUAGGCUGAAAAAUGUAAUAUUAUAUUGUCCCAAACUCUGAUGUAAAAGUUACCAUGUGCAUCAAAUAUUACACAAGACCAAUGACAAGGGCUUGCUAUUUGUAAGUUUUCGACUCCAACAAAGUUCCAUUUGUGAACAAUGACCACAUCUGCUUUUUAAACUGUGGCUUCGUCCGUGAAAAUCUGUAAAGCUGGAAUAUCAGUUCAUUGUUACUUCUUCAAUAAUGACCAUAUUUCCCACUCCCAUAUAGUGCCAGUUGUGCAUAAUUACAGCGUCGUCUUAUUAAAAUGUGGCUUCGUCUGUGAAAUUUUGCAUCUUCACAGUGCCUUCAUUUCCAACUCCAGCAAAAUGCCAGUUUUGAACAAUAAUUCUAUCGCUUUUUUAAACUGUGACUUUGUUUGCGAAAUUUUGAAACGCUGGAAAAUUAAUUGAUCGUUGUAUCUUCACAGUGCUCUUACUUCUGACUCCUAUAAGUUUCACGUAAUGAUUGCAUCAUCCUUUAAAAGUGCUGCGUUGUCUGUUAAAAUGUGUGAAGCAGAAAAAUCAGUUCGUUGUUGCAUCUUCAUAGUGAUCUUAUUUCCCACUACCAUAAAAUUACAGUUACGCACAAAGAUCGAACUGUCUUUUUAAACUGUGGCUUCGUCCGAAAAUAUCUAUGAAGCUAAAAAAUCAUUUCAUUGUUGCAUAUCCGCAGUGACAUUAUUUCCGACUUAUAAAAUACCAGUUGCGCACAAUGACCGCGACGUCCUUUUAAUCUAUGGCUUCGUCCAUGAAAAUCUAUAAAGCUGGAAAAUAUGCUCCUUGUUACAUCUUCACAUUGGCCUUAUUUCUGACUCUUAUAAAAUGUCAGUUGCGCACAAUGACCACAUCGUCUUUUUAAUUCAUGGCUCUUCUUCCAUAAAAAUCUGUAAAGCUGGAAAAUCUGCUCAUUGUUACAUCCUCACAGUGACCUUAUUUCCGAUUCCCAUAAGUAGAGUAUAAUGACUAUAUCGUCUUUUUAAAAUUGCACUUGAAAAUUUGUGAAGCAAUUCAUUGUUGCAUUUUCACAGUAUAUAUUUAUUAUUGUCAUCUUUUAAUUUCUGACAUUAAGUU